UUCAGGAAAAGAUGGUAUCGAAGAUGGAAAUAGAUGAACCAAAAGAGAAUGCCAGUGAUGAAAAAGAAGAGAGUGGCGAUGCAAAAGGAGAGGAGAAAGAUGACAUGUCAAAAUUGGAAGAUCCCGACACUGCUAUCCUAGAAAAUUUACGGGCAUGGUGUUCACAAUUGGAAAAAGGUGAAUUGCAUGUGCUCCCACGGAUGAUUCAACUUUUACACAAAACUCGAAAACAAUUGAGUGGGAAUGUGCUUAAAAAGCUGAUUACUUCACAACUGAUGGCGUUACCCCUUAUCAGGGACCAACUCAUAUCUUGGCUUCCGGCUACUCCAAAUAUUUCUGGUUUUGUCCAGCCGAUGGAAGUCGAUGUAAGCAAAGGUGGGCGUUCACCACGACCUUCCAGACGUUCGGGUGUUCAACCAAGUGUUGCUCCACCAGCGGAAGUAGAGCUUUAUAUCCAUUUGCUUGUCUUACUUCAUCUUGUUGAUCAGAAGAAACUAGAGGAAGCAGAAAAGUGUGUGGAAACGCUAAUUGAGCGGAUCGACUAUCACGAAAAACGUUCUCUGGAUUCCAUUGCAGCAAAAGCAUUCUUCUACUUGUGUCUCAUUUACGAAACAAAAAACAAACUUGAUCAAUUAAGAGCUUAUCUAAAUGGUCGCCUUCGAACAGCAACGCUUCGUCGACAAUAUGAUUCACAAGCAGUGUUGAUUGUCUGUCUUUUGCGUGCCUAUUUGCUUGGGAAACAUUACGAGGCUGCAGCUAUGCUUGUUUCAAAAGUGACAUUUCCGGAGGGUGCAUCGAAUAAUGAUCUGGCACGUUUUCUUUAUUAUCAAGGACGAAUCAAAGCAAUGCAGUUGGAUUAUACUGCUGCCGCCGGUUAUUUUAUGCAGGCGAUUCGCAAAGCUCCGCAAGAUGCUGCUAUAGGUUUUAAGCAAAAUGUACAAAAAUGGAUUGUUGUGAUUAGUUUACUACAAGGCGAAAUUCCAGAACGAUCCGUGUUUCGCGUACCAAUUCAUCGAAAAACAUUAGCACCGUAUCUCGAACUUACCCAAGCUGUUCGUUUGGGUGAUUUAUUGUUGUUCAACAAAGUGCUGAACAAACAUGCAAAGCAUGUUUUUGGGCCUGAUGAAACUUUGACGUUGAUUGUCCGUCUUCGGCAAAACGUCAUCAAAACAGCGCUGCGCCAGAUUAGUACUGCUUAUUCUUGUAUAUCGAUCAAUGACAUUUGCAAAAAGCUACUUUUGAAUACCGAACAAGAAGCGGAAUACUUGGUAGCUAAAGCAAUCAAAGAUGGUGGUAUUGAAGCAGCGAUUACAUUUGAUUCGCAGAAUUCAUCCGAGAGAUACAUGCAAUCGAAGGAAACGGAAGAUGUUUAUCGUACCACAGAACCGCAGACGCAUUUUGAUACUCGUAUUCGUUAUUGUUUGGAAUUGCACAAUCAAGCGGUGAAAGCAUUACGUUAUCCGCCAACAGCUGGUAAAGGUGUGGUUGAAUCGAUUGAGGAGCAGAGAGAGCGUGAACAGCAGGAGUUAGAAUUUGCGAAAGAAAUGGCUGAGGAAGAUGAUGAUGACUUUUGAAUAAACG